AUGGACGACCAGCCCCUCGCUUCCUUAUCGCUCACGCACGUCCGCUACACUCCCGGUGACCCCAUAUCCUAUGCGUCAGCAUGGCUGGCCCUGGUGCCACAGGGUCUUUGUGUGGUCUACGUGACUCUGAUCUGGGCAUCGCGGGAGGCUGAGAUAUUCCUCAUGUUUGCCGGCCAGAUGGCGUGUGAGGUGGUGAAUUUUGGGUUGAAACGGUUGAUCCGGGAAGAACGCCCCAAACAAAUGACCGGUAAGGGCUACGGCAUGCCCUCGUCACACUCUCAAUUUGUCGCCUUUUUCGCCCUCUCAUUUAGUCUGUUUUUGAUCUUCCGCCACGUCCCCAACCCUUCAGCAAGCUACCCACCCACCACACUUGCCGAGCGGCUCGUUUUGUCUUUCCUCGCCUGCAUGGGCGCCGGGGCGGUCGCUUCCAGCCGCGUGUACUUGAACUACCACACGCCAAAGCAAGUUUGGGUUGGGGUGGCUGCUGGAGCAGUCUUUGCGGUCGUCUGGUUUCUGUUCACCUCAUAUCUACGGCAUUAUGGGUGGCUGGAUUGGGCUUUGGAGAGUUGGAUCUGUCGAAGGCUGAGGGUGAGGGACUUGAUCAUCACAGAAGAUAUCCAGGAUGCCGGCUGGGGGAGGUGGGAAGAGAGGAGGAAGAGGAAGAAGGAUAGAAAAACAGCUGCCUCUCGCCCGAAGACUCGAUAG